AUGGGUAAUAGGAUGCUGGCGUCACUUGUAUUUUCUGCUGCUACAACAGAAGUUGUUCUAUUCUUUAGUGGCGAAAAUCAACCAUCAAUAAUUCAUCUAAAGUACCAACGAAACAACCACUAUUCACGACAAUUUAGUAUUUCACAAGAACGGCAACAACAAACGACAGAUGAUAGUAAUAACUCAACAACCCAACCUCAUCUCGCAGUAUUUGAUAAAGAAAAUGGAAGUGAGAAAUCAAAUUUUGUUGGUAAACAGUUUGGAAACGAACUCCGAAAUUUAUCAGAAAAGGAAAUUGUCGUAAGCCAUAAUUUCUCCAUACCACAUGCCGAAAAGCAAUCAACGCAUUUAAAUAAUACCAUACGCAAUAAGAAUAGUAACAAUAUAUUGAAAAAUGAUUGUCAAACUUCUUUGCCAUUCGAACCAAAAUUUGAUCUUGAAUUUCAAUUUUCACCACCAUCAACUUUUAAUGAUUUCAGUGACGAUAAAGAGAACGAAAACGUUCAUAAUAAUGACAAAUUUAUUAAUGAGCUCUGCACUCCUUUUAAAAAGAAAAAUGAAAUGAAAGUUCUGGCUCAAAACUUAAGUAACUCGUGGAGCACACUAAAAAGAACAUCCUGUGUUUCAUCGUUAACACAAUCAAAUCGACUAUCCCAGCGUUUAUCUGAUGAUCGAUCUCAAUAUUCGUCACUAGAACAUGAUAUGAUAAUUGAAAACAUCACUGAUAUUCACAUCUCACCUCUUGAAAUCUCUCAACUAUCGUCUUCUAAAACAAAUGACUAUUGUCCUAUGAGCACUUUAAAUAAACAACAAUCAUUGGAUGCGAAAAAUUGUAUUACCAGAAUUAAUACUCCUCCAUUCUCCUCUCUGGAUAAACAACAGCUGAGAACAAUAACAAAAUUAGGCCUUAGUGCAUCCCAACAUCAACAACGUUCUCCGAAAUCAUUGUACACAAAUUGUAAUCAACAAUUGGGUACUAACAACAAGAAUUUUACAAAAAUAGAACAAAGAUCAGAGUGGAAGAAUUGUCUACUAAGUGAAAUACAAACGGAGAGUAGAUAUUCAAUUUUUCUUGAUCAAACGAUAAAUCGUGAUAGUGACAUAGUACCUCUCAAACCGAUCGAACAGGAAAAAGAAGACUUAAGGAAAUUUAUCAGAGAAAAUGAUCCUAGCUUAUUAAAGAAAUUUGACCAUUUUCAAAAUGUUGUUGUUCAAGAAAAUCAAUUUUCUCAAAAACUUCAUUCAUCUCCAUCAUUAAUCAAUAUCUCAGCACAAGAAUCGUCACAAUCAAGUGUUAUUUAUGAUGACCGAAAAAAAUCAAAUGAUUCAAUGAUACAACCUAUUCAAUCAUCUUUAUUGAGAAAAUUAUCAAAUGAAAUAAUACCGCCAUCGCUAAUGUUAAGAGAAGACAAAGAUCCAUCGAUAAUAGAAAUUCACCUAGAAAAAGAGCCGUUUAAUCAAGUGCAUGAAAAUUUAUUGAAUUUUAUUCUUCCAUAUUAUAAAUCUUUACGUACGAAAAACAUAUGGCCCGAAAAUUUGAAUUUUAUAUCGUUACACGCAUCUUAUGAAUUAAUUAAACAAAUAAGUGAAAAUCAUCGAAAUGUAUACGAUAAUGAUCAAAAUGAAAUAUUAACUCAGUUAAUGUUUAUUUAUUCGAUAACAUCAUUUUUAUAUGUUUUUGCCUAUUGUUCAUUACAAACAGCGGUUUAUCAUGUUGAAAAUAUUAUUUUACAAAAUAUGAAAUAUAUUUGUGUUGGUGUCGAACAUGGAAAACCGCUAUUUAAUAUAUUAAAUAAAACGUAUACAUCAUUUCAAAAUAUUUUGCAUCCCAAACUCUAUCAGACAAAAACUAUUUUGUUAUCAUUUUUGAACGAUAAAAGAAAAAAAUCAUUCCCAGAUCCAAAGUUUCUAAUCGUUGUUCAAUACGAGUCUAUGGAUUUAAUGAAAGAUAUUUAUUCGGUCAUAACAGAUAUUGACGAGAUUCAUCCACAUAUUUAUGACAUGGAAAAGACUUUAACAAAUUUUGAAAUUCUAAAACUACACGAUUUAUCAGUUUUAACUCGCGAUUAUAAUCAUAUGGGCAUAAGCGAGUAUCGUCAACCUGAUAUUUUGAUCAAUUCAUCGACAUCAAUACUAGUAUUUGAUCUCAAUAAAAAAUUAGAUAUAUCGAAAAUUCGACAGAAAAUACAAAAUAUCAUAGAACAAACAAAUCAUUUACAUAUUGCCAUACUGACAAGUGGAUCAACCCCAGAUUUUAUUUUAUCCAGUUACAUAGCACCAAUCAAUCAAAUCAAAUCAUUCCAUCACCUCAAUGAAUUUGCCAUCUUUGUUGCUGAAAUUGUUCAACAAUUACCAAAACCAAAUUAUGUUUUAGCACCAACUGCAAGUGACAAUGUCAAUAUGUCAUGUCUUUCUCUCAAUACACUCAUCGAUCAUUGUCCAGAUAUUCCGUCACUUAACUUGAAAGGAACAGAAAUCACCAUGAUUCAAUCGUUCACAACAACAUCACGAUUAAAAAAUGAUAAAUCGAUCAAAGUUGAAUAA